AUGAUGUGUAUUAGACUACUGGUUGUUGUCUUGGUAAUAAUGAACACAUGGCUGCUACACGCUGCUCAGUCAGAUCAUGUCCAAAGGUACAAACGGGCCCUGGCUCGGAAAGCAGACAGAAUCCAAGCCUCUUUAGCAAAUGAAAAGUGUAGGUCCGCUAGCUGGACCAGGCAGGCUCGAUCGGCGGCUCGACAGCACCCCCUAGGGGCUUCUUCGAGGAGACACAUGAGGCCGACGCAUUUCAACCACGCUUGUCCUGGAGGGUGCAUCUCAGACGCCAAACAUAGUACUGAUGGCCAGAUACUGCAGAAUGGGGCACAUAGCCCUUGGAGCAUCAGUAGGGCAAAACCCGAUGCGGAAACCCCUAGGGGAGAUCCUCAAAAAAUCAUUUCGAAGGCUUGGAUGGUACCGGAGGCUGAACUCCCUCGAUUAAACGAGGAGGCUCGCAGCGUGGGGGGAGAGGGGGGCUCGACCAGAGACAAGACAGCGGAGACCAGCGCCUCCCCCGAAAAUCCACACAAAACACCGCAACACAGGGAAAGUCGGAGGCAGCCAAACCACGUCCCGCCCGGCCGUGUCCGGACCCCACGCAGCCUGGUCAAGCCCCUGGAGGAAGAGAAGUUAGAGGAGACCCCCGUGGACCCGGAGGACCCUCAAGGGAGCUACGCUAAGUUUGCGUCGGCGGAGUACUCGGCCGAGAGCGAGGACUAUUCGGGGGAACAGGAGGGGCUGGUCAGCCCCACCAGGGAGUCGUGGGGUUCGGGGCCCCGGGACGUCCCACCCAGGUGGAUGACCUCCAUGUACUUUAACGGGCAGAAGGAGCAGCUGAAAGCCUGGCCGGAGGGCGGGGUGGAGCUGCCCCGCGCCCAGUUCAGCAUGGAGGUGUGGGUGAAACCCGAGGGCGGCCAGAGCAAUCCGGCCAUCAUCGCAGGUGUUUUCGACAACUGCUCCCACUCCAUGAGUGAGAAAGGCUGGUCCGUGGGCGUCCGGACGGCGGACCCCGCGGGACGGAGAGACGCACGCUUCUUCUUCACCCUCCGCACCGACCGCUCCCCGAAAACCACCACCAUCAUGGGGCACCAGCGCUACCAGCCCAACACCUGGACGCACCUGGUGGCCAGCUACAACGGCCACAAGAUGGCGCUGUUCGUGGACGGGGCCAAGGUGGGAGAGAGCAGGACGCAAUCCGGCGACCUCUACAGCGGCUUCAUGGGCACCUGCCGCACCCUGCUCCUGGGGGGCGACCAGUCUGAGCGCAGGCACAACUUCCGGGGCCAGAUAGCGGGCGUGGUCCUGUGGGGCAAGCCUCGGCCCCAGGAAGGCCUCUACAAGGGCUACUUCCAGUCGGACGAGGAGGAGCCGGUCCUGGCUCUCAGGGGAGACUUCUCCGGAGCGGACCGGCACUGGACGCCCUACAAGGACAGCGGUCACCCCACGUUAGAGGCGGUCCCCGUCCCCAACCGGGCGCUGGUGUCCCCCUUCCUGCCGCCCCCGUGCGGACUCACCGUGUGCGACAACACGGACGUGGUCCUCAGCUACAACGAGCACUGGGAGCUUCGGACGGGGAAGAGCAUCCGGUACCGGGUGGUGAACGUCUGCAACGACGACGGGGGCCACCCCACGGUCUCGCAGGGGCAGAUUCACGUCCAGCACCGGGCCCUGAACGAGGCCUUCCGGCCCUACAACAUCAGCUGGGAGCUGAGCGUCCACACGGUGCGGAACUCGUCCCUCCGACAGCGCUUCGUCCUCAGCAACUGCCAGACGGGGAAGAUCGGCAACCGGCACUGCGACCCGGAGUGCGACCACCCGCUAACGGGCCACGACGGGGGGGACUGCCUCCACAUGGGGCCCUGCUACAACUGGAAGAGGCGAGACGGGGUCUGCAACCCCGAGUGCAACGGCAUACGCUACGACUUCGACGACGGGGACUGCUGCGACCCUGAAGUCACCGACGUCGCCAAGACCUGCUUCGACCCCGAGUCGCUGGACAGGGCCUACAUCAGUGUGAAGGAACUGAAGGACCUGCUGCAGCUGAGCAGCUCAGACACGCUCAACGUCUUCUUCGCCAACAACUCCAUCCGCGAGGAGCUGGCAGGGGCCGCCACCUGGCCCUGGGCAAAAGAAGCCCUCAGUCACCAGGGAGGAAUGGUGCUGAACCCGGCGUACUUUGGCACGGUCGGGCACAACAACACGAUGAUCCACGAGAUGGGGCACAUCCUGGGCCUGUACCACGUCUUCAAGGGGGUCAGCGAGCGGGAGUCGUGUGACGACCCGUGCCGCGAGACCACGCCCUCCAUGGAGACGGGCGACCUCUGCGCCGACACGGCCCCCACCCCCAAAUCCAAGGCCUGCCGCGACCCGGACCCCAUCAACGACACCUGCGGGCCCACCCUGUACCACGGGACCCCCUUCGAUAACUACAUGAGCUAUACAGACGACAGCUGCACCAAUAACUUCACCCCAAACCAGGUGGCUCGCAUGCACUGCUACGUGGACUUGGUCUAUCAGAACUGGGUGGUCAGCAAAAAACCCACCCCCAUCCCUCUGCCUCCCAUGGUGAUUGGCCAGACGUCUGAGUCUGUGACUAUUCAUUGGCUUUCCCCCGUGAGUGGGGCGCUUCACCAAAGAGCGGGUGUUGUGAACUGCAGGGACUGUGAGGAAGACGGGACGUUCCUUCAGUACGCCCACGAGGCGACCUCCCCCCGAGCCUGCGACUCCUCCGGAUACUGGACUCCUGAAGAAGCUGUGGGCCCCCCUGAUGUGUACCAGCCCUGUGAGCCGAGCCUACAGGCCUGGAGCCCGGAGCUGCACCUCUACGACACCAACGUCACCUCACCCUGUCCCAAGAGCGAAGGCUGCGUGCUGGUCCUGCGGUUUCGUCACCCCGUGACCCCUGACAGCCUCACCAUCUGGGUCACCUACAUCUCCACCGACACACAAGCCAUCACCAACGUGGAGUUCCUGACCGAGUCCGGGGAGACCCUGAGCACCGGCCCCCACCACGCCUUCUGCGACGUGCCCCUCACCCUGCGACCGCACACCCACAAGAGGGUCACCGGGGUCAAGAUCUACACCUUCGACGAGAAGAUGGAGAUCGACGCCGUGCUGCUCACCUCCCGCCCCCAGAACCCCCUCUGCUUCGGCUGCCGCCCGCUACACUACCACCUCCACCGGGACCCGCCCCUCACCCUCAGCCCCGCCCUGCAGUCCGAGCUCACCUUCACCGACAGUGAUGUGACAGCAGGGUUGCAGUAUCAGUACAGGGUCCAGGUGGAGGCACAGGGCAUCCUCAGUGAGCUCUCUCCACCGCUCCACCACACCCACGGCGCCCCCUACUGCGGGGAUGGUGAACUGCAAGGGAGAGAGGAGUGCGAUGACAGGAAUUUGCUGGACGGUGACGGCUGUUCUAAGAAGUGUCGUAUGGAGCCAGGGUUCAACUGCGACGGCCAGCCUAGCCGGUGCUACGUGUUCGAUGGCGACGGCGUGUGUGAGGAGUUUGAGCGGGGCUCCAGCGUGCGGGACUGCGGUUUCUUCACCCCGCUGGGGUUCAGUGACCAGUGGGCCGCCAACGCCUCGGCCUCCCACCAGGACCGCGCCCGCUGCCCCGCCUCCGCCGUCAUCGGGGAGCCCUCUCUCACUCAGAUGUGCAAGUCUCAGUACCUGGACAUGAACAACGGACUGUCACGCUACGCCUGGUUCCCAUGCACCGCCCCUUCCCAUGGCUACAACCACUACGACCUAGAGCAGUCAGUGUGGCUGAAGGUGGAGUUCACUCGCCCGGGAGUGGCAGCCUCUGUGAUCAUCUACCUGUCCUCCGACGGCUCCUGGCCAGGAGACCAGUGCAGGAGGGCGGUGAGCGUCCACCUCAGCGACACCACGGGCAGAAACCAUUCCCUCGGGUCCUACGAGCUGUCGUGUCAGCGUAACCCCCUGGUGGUGAACGUGACUCAUAACCUCAGCCUGCCCUUCUUCCUGACCGCCGCCGUGCUCCUCAACUUCUCCUCCCCCCUGGUGGCCGUGACGGGCGUUGCACUGCGAACGUCCUGCCACUUCUCCGCCUUCGCCCUGACUGGCUGUGUGCGCAGGCCAUGCAGCAUGGACACCUGCAGCCCCCCACAGCUGGAUCACGGAGCGGUCACCUGCGACUCGGGCCCCGGGCCCCCUCGCUGCUCCCUGCUCUGUCACCAAGGUUACGCCCUCAGCGUCCUGAGCGGCAAGAGCCUGCCUUCCAAACAGAAGAAGGUGGAGCUGGAGUGUGUCCACGGGGCCUGGGACAGAGUCCUGACCUGCCAUCCCAUUGACUGCGGCUUCCCCGACCAGUCCCACAUCUACUUCGCCAGCUUCUCCUGCCCCGACGGCACCACGUUCGGGAAGAAGUGCUCCUUCUCCUGCAGGACCCCUGCCAAACUGCAGGGUGCGAGGAACUGGCUGGUGUGCUUAGAAGAUGGCAUGUGGUCGUUCCCCGAGGCCUACUGUAAGAUCGAGUGCCCGGAGCCUCCCGCCGUGCCCAACGCCACGCUACUGGUGCCGCAGUGCGAAGGACGCGGGCACGACGUGGGCACGACGUGCCGGUACAAAUGCAAGCCAGGCUACUACGUAACUGGUAGCCUUAGCAAAAAGCCAAAGAAAAAGUUCCUGAAGGUGGAGUGUCUGGAGGGCGGUCAGUGGGAAGAAGGGGGCUGUGAGCCUGUCUCCUGCCCCUCCCCCCCGGACGUGUUCCAGGGCAUGUACACCUGCACGAAGGGCCUGGAGUUCGACACCAUUUGCACCCUCCACUGCCCUGACCCCGCUGAGAAGCACACCAUCCACUGCUCCAAAGACGGCUCCUGGACCGAGGAGUUCAGGAUGUGCAGGAGGCUGCAGGGGUCCUGCCCUCCGCCCCCCGACCUCAACCUGGUGGAGUACGCCUGUGACGAGGGACACACCGUGGGUGCAGUCUGCUACCCAACAUGCAUUGUGGCCUUGAGUGACCCGGUGGUGCUGGCCAAUGACAUCACUGCGGACGCCGUCAAGCACUGGAUGCUACCCAGGAAGGUGGAGAGCAUAGUUUGCACCGGUAUGAUGAAGUGGCACCCAGACCCCAAGCUAGUCUACUGCAUACAGUCAUGUGAGCCCUUUGCGGGAGACGGCUGGUGCGACACCAUCAAUAACCGGGCGUACUGCCAGUACGACGGAGGAGACUGCUGCCCCUCUACCCUCUCCACCCGGAAGGUGAUUCAGUUUGGGGCUGAUUGCAGCCAGGAUGAGUGCACCUGCCGAGACCCCGAGGCAGAGGAGAACCAGCAGAAGGCCAAGCUCCCUGGCCCAGGGAAGUUCUGAUGGACCCAGGGACGUUCUGAAGGACCAGGAGGUCUGAACGGGCCUGGAAGGACAGAUAGCACUGCUGGUUUCCAACGAGACAACAUCCAGUCAACUUCACCUCCAGACUUGAAAUCACGUUUCGUCCUUGC